AUGGAAUUAUUAUUCAAAGAAGCUGAGCAAGAGAAUGGCGACAAUGAUGACAAUGGAGGAGGGAAGCCUGCAAUUUUCCCUCUGAUCAUCCUCGUACCGCUUUGGAAAAUUCGUGUCCUCUUCGAAUCUCUACUGUUGGUCACCCUAGUGUGCAUCUGUCUCACGGUUUACCCGGAAGGUUUCCCAUACAUCGACAAGCCCUUGGUUCAUAUUAUUAUCCGAGGACACUUCACCCUCCACUUGUGCACCGUCAUUGCCCUCUCUCUCGCCGCCAUCGACGCCUCCUACGGAUGCUAUAGAUUCGCAAGCGAUCCAUCAUGUCCGAAUCGAAACAAGUACCACCGAAUGACGGCUUUCUUUGCGCCUGGGAUCGGAUUGCCUUGCCUGGCAGCAGAUUUCUACGCCUCCAUUACGGGGGAUGUCUCCGUUGCCCUCAUUCACAUCAGCUUGUGCAUCCCCAGCCUCUUCGUCUUCUCCAUUGGGAUGAGAAAAUGUGCAUAUAACAUGGCUCGAUGGAGCAAUGCCGUUUCCCUCAUCUCCAUUGGACUCGUGUGCCACUGCCAUAGUCGGAUUCUGGGCGUGAUGGGGUCGGUGAUGAUCUUCUGCGCCUAUGAAUUUGUGGCUUUCACGCCGGGGAUGAGAUUUGGGCUCCAACCUUUCACCUGGCUUUUAUUGGUCCUCAGCUUGGGGAGCGUGCUCCUCGUUCUCGCCCUCAAUGAUCUCACCUUCUCUGAUCUCAGGACCACCAUGUAUUUUUAAUUUCAUUCCCCUUCCACUCCCCCCC